AUGGUGAAGAAGACGAGCAUGGGUCGUCAGAAAAUUGAGAUCAAGAGGAUCGUUCGUGAAGACUAUCGACAGGUUACAUUCUCAAAGCGUAGAAAUGGGCUUUUCAAGAAGGCAAGCGAGCUUUGCAUCCUCUGUGGUGCAGAGGUCGCCAUUGUUGUUUUCUCUCCGGCCGGGAAGGCGUUCUCCUUUGGCCAUUCUUGUGUUGAAUCUGUGAUAGAUCGGUUUCUCACCCUAGAACCAGUGCAACCGGACGACGGUACUCCGGCGUUGGUGGAUGCUCGUCACAGUGCCCAUGUGCGAGAGCUCAACAGGCAAUACACCCAAGUCUUGAAUCAGUUGGAAGCCCAGAAAAAGCGAGGGGAGGCGCUCCAAAAAUCGAAGAAAGUGAACCAGGGUCAAGUCUGGUGGGAAGCACCCAUCGAUGAUCUGAACUUGCACGAGCUUGAACAGUUAAGGGUUUCCAUGGAAGAGCUCAAGAAGAACGUUUCCAAGCGAGUCAAUGAGUUAUCUGUUGAAGCUUCCUCGCAAGCUACAGCUACAUUCUUGGCUGUUAACUCAGUCAGAAUGGUCAAUCCCUUUAUAGCCAAAACCAUUGGGAGUUCUUCUAUAGCCCAUCCCAGUUAUGCUUUUGGUGCUUUUGGCUUUCAACGUGGGUUGUUUUGA